CUUCCCCCGUGCUGUGUGGAUGUGAAAGUACUGGUGUGUUUGUGGAAGGAGGGGAGCCAAAUGGAAAAAAGGGAAGCAAACUCCAAUUUCCCUUUUGUUGCAAACCCUGGGAGAUAGGAGGGAGGCAGACACCACAUAUCUCAUGGGGGGAGGUGUUUCUUCCUGUCUCUGCUGUGUGAGCGUCCUCAGUGUGGGCCUGGAGCGUGGCGAGUCUUGCUGUCCAGAGAUUCUUUGAGACGCUGCAAGGUAAGAGAAAGGCACUCAUUGAAUUAUUUCCCCUUGCAUUCAAGACCAGCCUUUGGAGGGGUGAGGAAUUGAUGGCUGCUGGCCAGAACAUCUCCAGAGGGAGAUCCAAAGAGGGCACUGGUAGAUAGGAAGCUGCCUUGCCCCAAGUCAGACCACUAGUCCAUCUAGCUCAGUAGUGCCUACACUGAUUGGCAGCAUCUUUCAAGGAUUUCAGACCAGGAGUCUCUCCCAGCGCUGCCUGGCAAUGCAGGAUAUUGAACCCAGGACCUUCUGCAUGCAAAGCAGGUUCUCUACCACUAAAGCACACAGAGCAGCACCAUGCUAGAAUCUCUCUCUCUCUGUUGUUCAUACAGGAAAAGGGUUUCUAUAAGGCAUGGCUUUCUAAAAUGGAAAUGUCAGCACUCUGAAUUUAGAAACUGGCAACCAGAAGGGUUCUCUCGGUGAUGGACUGAUAUGGUCCAAAAGGGUAGCACCAGUUUAGAAAGGAGAAAGCUAGUUCAGCAGAAGACAGAUAGCUUGUGUGAGGAUCCAUGCUUCAUUUCAUCCAGCAGCAUCAAUAACCCUUGGGAUGUCACUGCUGUGGUCAAGGAAAGGGGAUGAGACUCUGGAGAGGCUUAUUUUGCAAAGCUGGGUUGACACCAGGGAAUUGAUGUGCCUGGGAAGAGAUUUCCUCUACAGACAAUGCCGGCUCCUAAAUAAUAGGAACACAGGAAGCUGCCUUAGACUGAGUCAGAGAGCAUUAGUCCAUCAAGCCCAUUAGUGUUCACACUGACCGGAAGCCGCACUCUAGGGUUUCAGGCACAUGGCAUUCCCAGCCCUACCCGAAAAUGCCAAGGAUUGAACCUGGGACCUUCUGCAUGCAAGGCAGAUGCUCUGCUACCAAGCUGCAGCCUUUCCCAGUUAGAGUACUGAGCUAGUUGGAGGAAGCACACCUGCAGACCCUCCAAGAGUCCCUAUUUUCCAGGAACAGCCCUGGAUUUACAGAAGCUGUCCCGGUUUCUGAUUUGAUCCCAGAAUGUCCCACUUUUUCUUAUAAUGUCCCUGUUUUAAUCUGAGAAAUGUUGGACGGUAUGUGAGGGUGUUCUUCUUGAGGUUAAGUUGGAAUCUCCUUCCUUGUCAUUUGAAACCAUUGGUUCAGCUCCUACCCCCUGGAGCCACAGAAAACAAGCUUGGUCCAUCUUCCGUGUGACAGAGAGAUAUUUGAAGGUGACUAUUAGAACUCCUCUCAUUCUCCUCUUUUCCAGGCUAACCCUAAGACCCCUAAGAUUCCUUUUCACUCCAUCAAGGCAGGUGUCCCCCAUCCUGUAUUUGUGCAUCUUCUUGCUUUUGUGCUUUGCUGGUCUCCCAGCUGGGUGCUCCUGCUUUCUCCCUUUACCUUUCCAGGAUGCUGAGUCCCAAGAGGUUGGCAUGGGCAAUGCUGAUGUGCCUGAAUGCAGCCUGGCUGGUUGGUGCUGACACUUGCCGGGGGCCCCAGCUCAUCCCAGGAAUUCCAGGCAUGCCAGGUGCCCCAGGCCCUGAUGGCAGCGAUGGAGUGCCAGGGAGUAAGGGUGAACGAGGUAAGGGGGCAUUCACUUGGCGGGGGGCAUGGUUUCUUUCUCACUAUGGUUCUUGUCCACAGUGCAACGUGAGCAUCUGAGCUGGAAAUCUGUCCCAACCUAUCAGGGAGCCAAUCUAUUGCAUGAUGGGGAGGCAGGGAAGCAGCAAGUAUGGUGGUGGGGAGACAGCAGGGAGUUUUGAGGAGAAGGCCUUACUAAUAACCCUCUGUUGUGAAGGGCAUGCUGAUGGUGAUUUCCCAGGACAUGAGCCACAUUCUCUCAACAUCACAGGAACAGCUUGAGAUAGAAAGAGAGAGUUAUAUCCAACCAAAUCCUACUCAGAGACAGAGCAGACCCCAUUGCAAUUAAGAAACCUAUGUGAGCCAUGCACAUUGAUUUCAAUUGGCUUACCCUGAGUAGGGUUAACAUUGGCUAAAAUUAUUUUUUAAGAGCUCUCAGCUCAGCUCUAAUUUAUCAAAUGGUGGGGUUGGGAGUUCCACAUACAAACCGUUCCCUUAUUUAUGAUACCCCCCCCUUUCCUGCAAGGAGGCCAAGGCAGUGUGUACAAUUUUCUCCUUCCCCAUCUUAUCCUCACAAAAAACCCACAAUGCCGGUCAGGCUGAGGGUGCCCUGUGACAGGCCCAAGGUCACCCAGUGAACUUCAUGGCUGAGUGAGGAUUCAAAUGCUGGGCCAGACCUGACCAAGUUGAUAACACACACCACACCUCUUAUUGGGAUUGUGAAUAUUGUGCACCAGGAAGCCGUUGGAUGAAUGAAAACUGGCUCUUGUGUUGGGGAAAAAAAUCCAGUCCAAAAAUAUGGUUCUAAAACUUUUCUUUUCCAAACAAUUUAAAAUGAUAGAAGUUACAUUCAUAAUUUCUUAUACUGAUCCCAGCAAAGGGCAUAAUGCCAUAGAUUACAAAUAUCUUGAAUUUUGAGCUUAAAAUCAAAGGUCCAUCUCUUCUCCAUUGCAGCCUCCAUUAGCCUCAGGCUGUUUGUGGGAGACAGAGAUUCACAUGUCCAUUCUCUUCACUAGCUUGGAACAAAGAGAGCACUCCACCCAAGACAGAUGCCUACAGAUUAGCAUACACAUAGACCUGUAAUACUCUCCCUUUCCUGUGACUUUAAGCACAAAAAUACAGUUCCAUGUUACAACUCCAUUAAUGAUUAACCUGUCGGACUCUUCUCCAGCUUCAAUGUAAAUUUCUAGCCAUGCUUCACAGUGCUAUAGAGGCACAUUAUAGAUUUGUCUUCCAAUUCAACAUACAUUAAACAGUUCUACUUAACACCUCUGCCUUCCUCUUUCCUACUUCUCAUAGGUCCUCCCGGGGGUGUUGAAGCAAACAGAGAUUCUGGAGAACCAGGGGAGCCAGGAGAGCCUGGUUACCCUGGCAAAGUUGGGCCCAGAGGACCAGCAGGGUUCAAAGGCCCCCCAGGAUCUCCUGGCCCGCAAGGAGCCAAAGGAGAAUCUGGUGACUACAAGACCUCGCUCAAAUCCGCCUUCUCGGCCUCCCGGGGAAUCUCCAUGCUGCCGCGGCGUGCACAGCCCAUCCGCUUUGACCGUGUCCACACCAAUGUCAAUGGCCACUACGAGAGCCGCUAUGGGCGUUUUGUCUCCAACAUCACCGGGAUUUACUACUUCACCUACCACGUAACCUCCCGGGGCAACCUGUGUGUCCAGAUCAAGAAAGGGCAAGGCAGCCGGGGAGAGAGGGUCGUAGCCUUCUGUGACUACGUCUACAAUGCCUUCCAGGUCACCACGGGUGGUGUGGUUCUCCAAGUGCAAAGGGGCGAGUCGGUCUGGUUAGAGCCUACAGAGAAGAACUCGCUCAUUGGGGGCACAGAAGGGGCAGACAGCAUCUUCUCCGGGUUCUUACUCUUCCCCAUUUAGCUAGAGGAACCUGGGGACCUGCUUUCCUGCUUGCUCUCUCCACCAGACUCCACCCUCUGCUGCAGGUCUGGUCUUCGGAAACUGCCAGCCAGGGAUGGAGCACAAGGUAUGGGAACUGCAAUGCCCUUGCCUCUCUGAAAUGGUGCAGCCUUAAUGGGUGAUCAUUGAUAGGUUCUUUCAAUAACCGCUCGACCUUUUUCAAACCCCCUCCUCCCCCCAAAAAACUCCAUCACAAGAAGUCUCUGCGGUAACUUUGUAAACAAAUAAACAAUCACUUGUGCUUUGGU